AGGUCGUGGUGGGACUUCGGCGAGGCCGCGGCGCUGAGCCGCCUUGAGCGGUUCGUCGCCUCGGUGCUCUGCCAUGGGGACUUCGAGGGCCGAGGGCGGCUGGUUGCCGCGGAGCAGAGCACCUCCGAGCUCUCGCCCUACAUCAGGUUCGGCGAGCUCUCUGUGAGGACGGUGUACUGGAGGGCGAGACAGGUCGAGGGGAGAACAAGCCAGAGGCUGUUCCAGGACAGCGAGUACGUCGGCCAGGGAGAUGCCCGCGUCCACGCCACCUUCCUGCGCCGCCUGGUGUGGCGGGACAUGGCCUACUGGUUCCUGUGGGAGUUCCCGACUCUGCCGACGGUGUCGCUGCGAGUGCAGUACGAGGAACAGGUAUGGGGAGGCACCGCGCGACAGUUGCAGCGAUGGAAGAGCGGGAGGACCGGUUUCCCCUUGGUGGACGCGGCAAUGAGGCAGCUCUGGGCCGUGGGCUGGAUGCCGAACUACCUGCGGCACCUUGUGGCACAGACGCUCAUCGAGUACCUCGACAUCUCCUGGAAGGAUGGGCUGCAGUGGUUCGACUGGACGCUGGUCGACGGGGACGUGGCGAUUAACAGCUUCAUGUGGCAGAACGGCGGCCACUCGGGCCCGGACCACUGGAACAUGGUGCUCCACCCAGUGCACGCCGCCAAAGCCUGCGACCCCGACGGCAGGUACGUGAGGCGCUGGCUUCCCGAGCUGGCCGGCGUCCCCGACGAGUUCGUGCACCGGCCCUGGGAGGCCAGGGUGCCACUGCCGAUCUCCUACCCGAGCCGGCUCGUGGCGGACCUGGACUCGGCCCGCAGGGCCCAUGCCAGGGGCGUCAUCGACGUGCGGCGCAGGCACCCGGAGAUGGUGUCCCGCUGCGGCCACGAGUGGCUGCGGCUGCCUGGGCGCGGUGGCCUGCUCGCGAAGCUGGUCACGCGCGACGAGUUUCGCGCGGAGACGGAGGACUUCCUCGUGCGGCAGACGCCCGCGAGGCGCGGCGCGGCGCGCAAGCCGCUGGGCGCCGGCGAGCUGGUGCUGGCGGACAUCGCGCGUCAGGCCGAGGGCGGUUGAGGCUCGAGUGGGUGCCCCUGUCGUCCGAGGUGGCCGAGGCGGCCGAGGCAGGGCGGCAGGCCGAGGCGCCCGCGGGAGUUCGAGAGCGGCCGAGGCGGGGCACCUGUGCUGCUGGCGGGUCACGCUGGGUGCACCUCGCGUGGGCGCGCCCCGUGCACGGCUGGCUCGCGGCAGAGGCGUCACUUCGCCAGCGGAGGAAAUAACUAGCUGCUGGCGAUGUGUUGGCCCAGCAGUCGAUGCAGCCCGUGGAGCGGUUUGCCGCCGCCGGCGCGAGGUGAAUUCUUUGUCUGCGCUGCCUUGCACAACUCGAGCGUCCAGCUGGGUGGUCAUUGGUUGGCGGAGGGACAAGGCGUUGGCGCUGACCAAGCCGGUGACCUUGCUCGUGGCGCUCCCGACGACACCGACGCCCGAGCUGUGCAGGGCCGAGGCUGUGGUGGGAAAGCUGGCGACGGGGGCUGCGCCAGCGGCGGUGCCUGCGCUGUGGCUGCGAUGGCUGAGCUGGCGAGGCUCAGGCCGAUGGUGCCUGGGCACUUGGCGCGAUGUCGGUGUUUUUCACGCAGGAGGUGGCGCUCAUCAGUGACUCGUAGAGCGUAGAGGACCUGAUGACUCGUCACUCGGUGCCUCGUGGCACCGUCGCAGAUUUUCGUCGACAACCGACGCACAGAGUCGUUGUCGUAGCAUUCACCUCGAACAGAAAGGAGCGAUUUGGACUUCCCAUCGAUGUGAUCUAAGGCAGAGACAGAAUCGGCUUGGGUAACAGUUGUCAUUGCCAUGGUGUCUUGACCUCUUGCUCCUCAUUGCUCGUUGCAAGUUUUGUCUGUGCUAGCGAGGUGCUCCCUC